GUUGUGUGCAUUUGCUCUCCGUUGUGUCGUAAGAUGCGUUUUAUUUCACACGUUUCAGUUUUAAUCUUAGGGUUUCUUAGUGUGACUGAGACGGAGUAGUGCUCUACAUAUUAACACGGAUAUUCGGCGUGGUUGCAUCACUUAAUCGCCUGAUGUUGUGCAUCAGUCUUCAUCUCAGAUCUGCAACAUGAGCCGCUACUUCACAAGGCUGAGAAUGAGAAGAACUUGCAAAUGGAACGGCAGACCAGUGGGUGAAGACAGGAAACUCAGAAGGCAAUACUAUGGAUCCAUGUCGAUUUCUGUGGACGGAAGAACAGAAGAUAUGACCAUAUCUCUAGGGCAGUACAUUUUGAUUGAGGGCGAAGAUGAUGACAAUCCUUAUGUGGCACAGCUUCUCAAACUUUACACUGAUGAUUCAGGAAAGAAGAAGACUGCUAUAGUGCAGUGGUUUGUGCGGAUGUGUGAAGUUCCUCAGAAUAAGCGCAAGCUUCUGGGCAGAGACCCUCACCCACAGGAGGUUUUUUUCUAUCAGGAUCUCUCUUGUGAUAAUGAGGUGGAUGGAGAGAGCAUUCUUGCGGCAAUACAGAUCAUGUACAUCGCACCUGAGAAUCCUUUUCCAGAGGGCAAAAGCAAAGACAUGCUAUUUGUCAAACACUCAUGGGACACCAAAUCCUUCCAAGUGGUGGAUCCUGAGCUGAUAGAAUCUUCUCCCAGCCCUAAAUCUCCCCCGCCAUCUUCACGGGUCCCUCAGGCUCGUCCUCUUCCAACUCCAGACCCCUCAAUAAUGAAAAGGGCCAUAACAGGCGCUAUUACCCGCGGCAGCAUGAGCACCGGAAAAAUGAACUCCACUGAAGCAGAGUCUCUACAUUCUGCUUCCAAGCUCUCAGCAGCUAAAGCUCUUAGUGAAAAGAGGAGGAGCAGAGCUUUCUCGGGGCCACAUGUUCGCAAAAAGCUGGAGCUGUGCAGUCCAAGCAAAAACAUGUCCCGAGAUGAUGUUCUGGGGGAGAUUUUGGAUAAACACAUCGAUACGGAGAAAACACUGAUGUCUAAGAUGAACACGUCUCCAUCGGGCCGUAUUUCUAUUUCUAUUAGACUGACUCCACUUAAAUUUAAUGAGGAGCAGAUCUCUACUCUGUCAUCACACAGCCCUGAUAAACCCACACUGACUGCACAUGAAAGUGACAGUGCUACCAGGGCAAGAACUCCAUCUAGGAGGAAAGAUUCAGCGACACUCAAAGAACCAGCACUGGCAGCUUUAGCUGAAGAGGAGCAUGAAGAUACGCCUGCCCAGACUGCUGCAACUCCUCGCUCUAAGAGGAAAUCUGCCCAGCUUGUGUCCUCGCGCAUCAGAAAGCAGCUAAAUCUAAGUGCCAACAAGUUUGACCUGCAGUCAGAUGGUGAGGAUGACGAUGAGGACGACUGCUUUGUACCUUCCAAGAUUGACCUGCAGAGUAGCAGCGACGAAGAACUGGAGGCAAAUGUUGACAGCGAGGAUGAACUUGUAGUGAAGAAGCGCAGAGGUUCUCGAACACCCCAGGCUACAGAUAAAAGCUGUUUCUCUGCUAGGACCCCACGUAAAACACCCAGCAAGAAGGCUGCUCCAUCCACCCCACGCACACCACGUCACGCCACCCCCAGCAUACCCAGCAGGACUGCACCUGCCAGGAAACCAGGGAAUGUUCUGGAAGAAGCACGUGCACGGUUACAUGUUUCUGCUGUUCCUGAGUCUUUGCCAUGUCGCGAACAAGAGUUUCAGGACAUCUACAACUUUGUGGAGAGUAAAGUCAUUGAUGGCACUGGAGGGUGUAUGUACAUCUCAGGUGUUCCUGGAACGGGCAAAACAGCCACGGUGCAUGAGGUGAUCCGAUCUCUUCAGCAGGCUGCAGAACAAGAUGAGAUCCCUCACUUCAACUUCAUCGAGAUCAACGGCAUGAAAAUGACAGACCCACACCAGGCUUAUGUACAGAUUCUGCAGAAACUGACUGAUCAAAAAGCAACAUCUGAUCAUGCAGCUGCUCUCCUAGAGAAACGCUUCAGUGCUCCUGCGCCCAAAAAAGAGACUACUGUGCUGCUAGUAGAUGAGCUUGACCUUUUGUGGACUCGUAAGCAGAAUGUGAUGUAUAACUUGUUUGACUGGCCAACAAGGCGCAACGCUCGUCUGGUGGUCCUCACUAUUGCAAACACUAUGGACUUGCCUGAGAGAAUCAUGAUCAACCGUGUUGCUAGUCGAUUGGGGCUGACAAGAAUGUCCUUCCAGCCAUAUACAUUUAAACAGCUACAACAAAUCAUCACAUCAAGACUGAACAGGGUAAAGGCUUUUGAAGAAGAUGCUCUUCAGCUGGUCUCAAGAAAGGUGGCAGCGCUUUCAGGUGAUGCACGACGUUGUCUUGAUAUCUGCAGACGGGCCACAGAGAUUUGUGAGCACUCUGGAAUUCAGCAGAAAGGCAGUGGAUUGGUGGGAAUGAGUCAUGUGAUGGAGGCAUUGGAUGAGAUGUUCUCCUCUUCCUACAUCGCAGCCAUAAGAUCUGCAUCUGUUCAGGAGCAGCUCCUCCUGAGGGCUGUUAUUGCAGAGUUUCGUCGCCUGGGUCUGGAAGAGGCUACUUUCCAACAGGUGUUUGUUCAGCACCAGGCUCUGUGUCGCGUUGAGGGUUUGCACCCGGUGAGUGUAUCUGAAGGGUUAUUGGUCUGUCAGAGGCUGGGCUCCUGUCGCUUGCUGCUGCUUGAAGGAAGCCGUCUGGACCUCUUUCUCCGAAUCCGUCUCAAUGUUAGUCAAGACGAUGUGCUUUAUGCCUUGAAGGCUGACUAAAAACUCAGCCAUGCCGUCUAGCAUGUUUCAGGCUUUUUUGGAGAUCCACAGCAUAAUUUUAUGAACCAUUUAUUGUCUAAAAUGUUAAAAUAAAUUAUCAAUUUUAAUGGUUAAAUUCUACAUGUAGUUCUGUAAGCACAUUUUAAUAUGCGCAUUCUUUGUGUGUUGUACUUGUAUCUCUUGGCUUCAAAUCAUGUCUUCACGUUCAAGCUUAAAUGUCUUUGGAAAACUCGCACAAAGGCUUUAUUAUGAAGCAUUUUAGUGUGGGAGAGCGAGACUCACACAUUUCUUGAUUGUCAUUUAAUGAUUCACAUAAAAUAUAAAUUUUUCAUACAGCGUGCCAAAAUGUUGGAUGUUUCAGAUUUUAUGCAAUAAAGCUAUUGACUAAACUGA